AGUGUCACAAGCAAAGGACACAGCAACCCAAGUGCAGCAGAAAGCAAAAAUAACCCCUCCAUGUGCGUCCCGGUGAGGAGGAAGAUGAGAUAAAGCCAAUCAGAUGGAGCCCAGUUCCACCAGCCUCAAGAGGCUCAAGUUUGGGAAGCUGAAGGUGGUACGUCGGCACUUGCUGCAGAGGUAUGAGCAUCAGCCCUUCAUCUCCUGCCUGGCUGGUUUCUACAGCUGCCGGUGGAAGCGGUACCAACGCAGAAGGACCGAGCCUGGGAAAUGCUGCUGCAAGAUGCGGGAAUGCGUGUUUUUCCCAUUGCUUGUUGGAGCUUUCUGCUUUUCUCUGAUCUUUCUGUACAUGUGGGGUGAAGCGAAAAAUGACUACAAUAACUUUGACUGGUAUAACUAUGGGAACCUGGGCUUCUGGUUUCUCUGGUCUCUUGUUCUCCUGAUUGUGGCUGCAAUCGUGUUCAUGUACAUCACACUUUUAUUGGUCCUAGCGAUGUGUUUGCUUGCAGAAGGUCAGCAGCUGUACCUGCACUGGAGUCACAAGAUCGGGACUUUUCUUGUCCUGGGCUUUUCUAUCACAGCCCUCUUCAUAUUAUCGGUACUCUGGGGAGAUCAAUGGAAAACUGUCCGCCUGUCAUUCCAGAUCACAGCUCCCUAUCUCCACAUAGGAGCAAUAGCCAUCAUGGUCCUCCUGUCCUGGCCUGUGGCUCUUCAUGCCAUCAGAGCAGAUAAGAAAGUUGUUCAGGUGAUAAUUGUUGGUCCAUACCUGGCUAUCCUUCUCUUUCUUUUCUUGAUACCGCUGGGGAUGUACUCUCCUUGCAUCAGAGAGAUGGGGACACUUGGACCAAAGCCAGCCCUCAUUGGACACCGUGGAGCACCAAUGCUGGCACCAGAAAAUACUGAGAUGUCAUUUCAGAAGACAAUUGAACAUGGUGGGGAUGGUCUUGAAACAGACGUCACGAUCAGCUAUGAUGGUGUUCCUUUCCUCAUGCAUGACAGCACCUUGAGGAGAACAACUAACAUCAAGGAGGUCUACCCGAAUGACACUGCUCAAAAUGCUGCAUUAUUCUCCUGGGAUACUCUGAAGGAGUUGAAUGCUGGAACAUGGUUCCUUAAGGACAAACCAUUUUCAUGCAUGGGCUCACUGUCAAGGGCAGAUCAAAACCAGGCAAUGAAUCAGUCAAUUUACAAGCUAAGUAAUUUCUUGCGCCUCGCAGACAGUCAGAAUAAACUUGUGAUAUUUGAUCUCUACCGCCCUCCAGAGAAACAUCCUUACAGGAACUCGUGGAUCAACAGAACCCUGGAAGUCAUCCUCAAUGAGUCGGGGAUUAGACCCCAUCUGGUCCUAUGGCUGGAGAAUGACAUGAGGUCCUUUGUUCAGUCUGUUGCUCCUGGGUUUCAGCAGACAAUGGGCAGUAAGGCCCCAGUUGAAGACCUAUUGAUGGACAAUAUUGUCAAACUCAAUCUGGCCUACACUGAAAUGUCUAGUGAAGAUAUCCGGAAAUAUGCUGAGGCAAACAUCACCACCAACCUUUAUGUGGUCAAUGAACCAUGGCUUUUCUCCCUGGCAUGGUGUUCUGGGGCACACUCUGUGACUACCAAUGCUGUCCAAACACUGAAGAAUCUCAGCCAGCCACUCUUCCUCAUGACUCCACAGCAGUACAACAUCAUGUGGAUCCUGACAGAUCUGACCUCUGUGCUCCUCAUCUCACUCAUCUUUGCUCUGCACUGGUGGCGAGAGCGGAGUUUCUCCUGCUGUGCCCAUGAUGGUGGCCCGAUGCUGGAGAGUGGCACCUACAACAAGUUCAGGACAGAGCUCAGCGACAUGCCGGCUGUCAUGGCUUGA